AUGGUACCCUUCCAGCUGACUCUUUCUCUACUCCUCGCCGUGAUAACAACUUCUGCCAAUGCCGUGAGCACCACCUGGGAAACUCAUCCUUCCCACCCAACUUUGCCAGGAAAUGCUCCCAACUGCAACAAAUGGUACACUGCAAAGAAGGGCGAUGAUUGUUCCACUGUGCAACGUGACUAUGGUAUCUCCGCCGACGAGUUUUUCCGUUGGAAUCCGUCGGUCUCCAAGGACUGCAAGAAGAACUUUUGGGUGGAUACAUCGUACUGUGUUGGAUUAGGGCCAGCUAUCACCACCGGGACACCGACCCCAACGGUUACAACCUCGGUUGGCAGCUCGCCGACAACCACGUCUAUACCGACCACGAAGACUACGCCCAUCACCUCUAUUCCAAGCGGCGAUGGGACCUCAACAUCUACUGGUUCCAGCUCUACAACGACUAAGACCACCUACACGUUCAAUCAUCCCACUACUACCUGGACUCCAUCUCCGCCUCCGCGAGAGACAGCAUGGCCUCCCACAAGAACCCAGUCAGGCCAGCCCACAUCAUGCACCAGAUGGCAUGAGGUCAUGAUCGGUGACACCUGUGACACAAUCACAAGCCGCUACAGCUCGUGGAUAACAAAGGAAGAUUUGCUGGAGUGGAAUCCGGGCCUCCAGGAAGAUUGUAACUCCCCUCUCGUGGGUUAUUUUUUAUGCGUCAUGGUCAGACCGACUGACUACAUCAUAACCUAUCCAACUGGUUCAACCCCGGUGAUCAUUCCUACACCUACGCCUUACACGCCACCACCUCCAGUUUGCCCUAAUACCACGGAUACUGAGCUCGUGCCCUCGCCAACACAGUCAGGGAUGCCCAGCAAAUGUCAACUAUACUACCAUGCUACCACUGGAGACUCCUGUUCCAAGAUCUUGUCGCAGUACAACAUGCCCGAGAAACUUCUUCAUGAAUGGAACCCGGCUCUUGGUCCCGAUUGUAAGGGCCUACUGCCUGACUACUACUACUGUCUCCUUCCCAGCGGGUUCGUGCCCAUGCCGCUCACCGUCACCACAGCCCCGGCUCCCACUCAAACCGGGAUCGCCAGCAACUGCAAGGCUUGGUACCGGAGGAAUCAGUCCGAGACGUGUGCUGAUAUAGUGCGCUCUUUCGGUACAUUCUCAGACGAGGACUUCAAGGCCUGGAAUCCUGCUGUUGGCCAGAAAUGUGCUGGACUUAUCGAUGGUAACUGGUACUGUGUCGCCGUGCCUGGUACUCCUUCCACGCGCACUGCGCCUGUCCCAGCUUUCCCAACAAGCGUUCCACGCCAGCCAAAUGUUAUCAAGAACUGCACACAAUGGUGGCAUGUAUCCGAUGACGACGACUGCUAUGACGUCGCCCGGAAGAACGGUAUCACAAUGGACGACUUCCUCGCAUGGAACCCCGACGUACGCUCCGGCCAAUAUGACUGCAGGGUCCUACCCAUCGACCACGAAGUCUGCGUCGACAUACGACCCAAACCGCCCAUUCCCGGAUGCACGCCCAUCACCACAAAUACAACCACCUCAUCCAACAUGACCCUAUACCCGCCAACCAAGACCUCCUGGCACAGGACCCUGACCAGCACAACGCUCGUUACUCAAUGCGAGGACCCAUCCUCAUCCACCUGCGCCACGGCAACAAUAACCACAACGAGGCGGGUGACUCUACCUCCACCCCCCACCACCGCACCCCCCAAUACCACAUUUGUGACUGCCACAUCAGCGUCGACUCAGGAUACAGACUCGUCUUCCCCAGGCUCCGGGAAGUCACCUGUGGACUCAACUCUACCUCCCCCUCCUUCUUCACCGUCCUCCAGCUGUCCCUUCACCAAUAGUUCCAUGACGUCCAUUGUCCCGUCAACGAAAAGCCCAGUAGAGAGCAGUUCCGGGCCGAUGACCCGCCCAACUCAGGUCCAUGGUACUACCGGGACCGGAUCCCCACCACCUGAGGCUGAAGCUUCCUCGACCAUGACUGUGACUACGACUAUCACGACACAAUGCUCCUCCACUACUACGUCUAUGGUGAAUACGAGCUCACCGGACGAUACUACAGUCGUGACGGCCACGAUGACGACUCGAUGUUCGACUUCGGGUACGAGGACCUCACAAAGUCAGACGGCAAGUGAGCCUUCAAUGACCAUAAUGCAUGGAUGA